CCCCAGGGUUAAAUUGGAUGAAUCAACAUGUCCUCAGUGCUAAAUGAACUUCGUUUGGAAGGAGACUUUUGCGAUGCAGUUAUUCAAGUUGACACUGCUGAAUUUCCAAUUCACAAGAAUAUCAUGUGUAACUGCAGCUCCUACUUUCGAGUCCUUUUUAAUCGCUGGUCAAGCCGAGAACGGAGAAUGUUCAACAUCUCAGGCCUCUCCUCUGAAACCAUGCAGCUCAUCAUUGAGUUUGCAUACACAGGGACGGUUUGCGUGACCGAGGACAACGUGAGGGACCUGUUACGAGCAGCCGAUUACUUCAACGUCAUCAAUAUUGCCAACAUCUGCUGCACUUUCUUGGGGGAGCGCCUUAGUCUGCUGAACUGCAUCAGUGUGUGGCAACUCUCUAACACCAUAUACUCUUUUGAACUCCAGCAAAAGGCAUACUGGUACAUCCUGGAUCACUUUGAGGAGGUUGUGUUGACCGAGGGGUUUUCACAGCUAACUGUGGAGGAGCUAUCCAACAUUCUAGAGAGAGACGACCUCAAUGUCAAAGAGGAGAGCACAGUGUUCGAGGCCGUCAUUCACUGGAUCUCUCGAGAGCCAGAAACAAGAAGUCGACACAUCGCUCUUCUCUUAUCGAAAGUCCGACUCGCCCUGCUGAGUAUAGACUACAUGAAGAUGAAGGUCUGCCAGAAUAAUUUGGUGAAGAACAGCUCAGACUCCCUGAGCAUUGUGGACCACGCCACCAACAUCAUUCUUUACAUCAUCACCAACAGACUCAACGUGCCGGGGUUCUACAACCUUGUUGCUCGACCUAGGCUGCCAAACUGUGUGCUGUUGGCAACUGGUGGCUGGGUGACACGGGAUGCAACCAAAGCCAUUGAGGCCUAUGACAUCCGCGUUGACCGCUGGCGGACCCUAAGUGGAUCUUUAGAGCUGGCAUGUGGGUAUCACGGCGCCGUCUUCCUGAACGGCUUCUUGUACUGCCUCGGCGGCUUUAAUGGAGAGGAAUAUUUCAACCGAGUGCACAGAUGCGACCUGCGAACUCAGCUCUGGGACGAGAUCUCACCCAUGCAUUGUCGCAGAUGCUACGUGAGUGUCACUGUGUUGAAUGGACACAUUUAUGCCCUGGGAGGAUACAAUGGAAACCAGCGACUCAGAAGUGCGGAGUACUACAGGACUGAGAGAAACCAGUGGAACCUCAUCGCACCCAUGCAUGAACCCCGGAGUGACGCCAGCUGCAGCACCUUUAGAAACAUGAUUUAUAUUUGUGGUGGAUUCAACGGAGUUAACUGCCUGCAAACAGCAGAGUGUUACAAUCCUGAAACAAACCAAUGGACGAUGAUUAGCAACAUGACAAGUCUCCGCAGUGGUCUUGGAGUCUUCGCUUAUGCAAACUCCCUCUACGCAGUUGGAGGCUACAACGGUCAAAAUCGUCUUCGUACUGCUGAGGCCUACAACCCACAGACAGAUUCUUGGCAUGCCAUAUCCCCUAUGUUGACCCCUCGCAGUAACUUCGGCAUCGAGGUGCUUGAAGAUCGUCUCUUUGUUGUCGGGGGAUUCAACGGUACCUCCGUUUCCAGCGACGUUGAGUACUACGAUGCAACAACAGACGUGUGGUCUGCGGCCUGUAACAUAGACAUCGAUCGGAGUGCUCUGAACUGCUGUGUUGUUUAUGGGCUUUCUAACAUGUCAGAGUUCGUGGUACCUCGCUACAGCCUACCGGCUCUGGGUGAAAGAAUGGACCUGGAAGACCUAGACUGAUAUAUUUUCUCUCCCUGGAGUGAGGCACUGAGACCAUCCAUUCUGCCGACUGGUUUUCUCUUCUAUCGUCUGAUCAUUGGAUGAACUUGAAUCGAUUUGUAGUUGACUUGGUUUUUUAUGACUUUUUAUUGAGCGUCCAAUUGCUGCCUGGGGGUCUGUAGACAGGGUCCCAGGGAGAAUGAGGUGUCAAAGAAGAAUGCAGGUGCUGACCCUGGAGAAGAGAGAACUGGGAGCUGUGGCAGUGAAACAUGUAUCUCCGUUGCCACUAACCACUGAAAAGGAACUGAGGGCAAUGGAGAACAUGAGUGACAUCUUAAAAACUUGAGGCCAAACUAUUAAAAUGAUUCUUACAUACCAUGUAUGUCUCUGGCUGUUAUAUGUUGACA